CUCUGGCUCACUCCGGCCACACACUUACAGCUGUCACACGCACGCACUCAUGCUUGGCACAGACAACUGGCAGUCACGCGGUGGUGCCUUGCACUGCCGCGGUGACAGAUGGAACCCUAGUGGUCGUCGUCUUCUUUUUCUCCUGCUUCGACCCCCGCCGACUCGGCUGGACGCUGGACGAGAUCAUCGUCGAGGUUUGUGGCUCUCUGCAGCAAUUUACUGCUGUAGAAUCUGCUUUUCGUUGCAAAAGGGGCAAACGGAUUUAUUCACAAGGUCCGCUCUACUCCACCCUCCACGUUCUUCCCGUGCAACGUAAUGCAAGCUUCCCGAGGAAUUUCCUUGUGGUAAGCUUAGCGCGACCAUCUAGAGCCGAAGUGCAGGCUACCUGUUCGACCAAAUGUCCCAGAAGAAAACCAAAGUCGACGCCGUCCUCGAAGGAGAGACGUAUGGCGCCGGCACCGUAACCGCCCAUGUUGACCGCCUCAGUGACCUCCCAGAUGCGCUCCUCCACAAGGUCAUGUCGUUCCUGCGGGCGUGGGAGGUGGCUCGCACCUGUGUGCUCUCGCGCUGCUGGCGCAACCUCUGGGCCUCUGCGCCCUGCCUCGACCUCCGGGUCUGUUGCAAAGCCCGUCACGGCCGGCUACCCAUGCGACUCGCCAGGUUCGCCAACCACUUCUUGCUCCUUCGGGAGGUGUCUGCGCCGUUGGACACACUCCGGCUCCUGUCCAGCCCAACGUCGUCUGUUGAUGAUGAUUCAGUGCUGUAUAGCCCUAAAUAUGAUGACGACGGGGGGAUUACUGCUCUACGGAUGUCGACAUGUGGAUCCGUGCUGCCAUAAACCGCAGGGCACGGUUUAUCCAGCUUAGUCAUCAUCCAAGGGAUGAUGCCUUCUCUGAUCUUGAGCACGUGCCGUUCAUCUCCUGCCACCUGAAACACCUGCACCUGUCUGGCACAAUGUUGCGAGACAAGACACUAAUGCAGCUCUCUUCUCAGUGUCCUUCUUUGGAAGUCCUGGAACUCAAGGAGUGCUUCCUGUAUGCCCCCCAGAUAUCAUCUGCCUCACUUAUUAGUUUGACCAUGGUUGAGUGCAGGAUCAUGGCUGACCUGUCCAUCGCUGCUCCAAGCCUUGUAUCACUGUGCUGUGUCAUACCAUACCACCGUGCUCCGUCGUUUGAAAACCUGGGGUCGCUGGCUACCGGCACCAUCAUGUUAAAUGACUCUUUCUUGCAUGAUAAGUUUGAAUACAAGUACAAAGAUCGCGAUGAAGAUGCAUUUGAAUGUGAUAGCGGCGACGACAGUGACUCUGAUGAUGACCACUGUGAUAGUGAUACUGAUACCGACUUGAGAACUUCUGACAUAUUGGAUGGUGCUAAAGUUUUAGGUGGCCAAAAUGUUAUCCGCAGCCUUUCAAAUGCUACAAGUUUAGACCUGAUAGCUGAUGCCGGAGAGUUGAUUCUGAAUAGGGAAUUGGAAAUAUGCCAAAUUUUUAGCAACCUGAAGGUGUUAACCCUUGGUGAAUGGUGUAUGGCUGCCGACUUCUAUCCGUUAGUUUCAUUCUUGCAGCAUGCUCCAAAUCUGGAGUCUCUUUUUCUUAAACUUAAAACGGAUCAUGAGGAAAUAGAAGACAAUAUCAGACUGGAGGGUAUAUCAUUUGCUUGCAAGAACCUUACAAUGGUCAAGAUAAAAUGUCCCAAGGAUGACGAAAGAGUUCCUGUGUUAACACAAAUGUUCAUGGCUAAUGGCAUACCCAUCGAAAAGAUAGAUGUCUGUCACCGUCAGACUCGCAAAACUUGUCAUCAAUCCUUGGCCCUAAGGCGUGGAUAUGCUGCUUUGUAGGAACUGCAAUUUCAGCGGUAUCACCGCAAUGGAAGCCAUUGGCUAAGGCUGGCCUCGCUCAUUUCCAAGAUCCGGGUGCCUUCUCACUCUGUCCCCGCCUCCCCUGCGCUGGUGUCUUCUGGAGCUGGAGGGUAGAUCCUUCUUUACCUGGUUUUUGCUGGCCUGCGUGCCAUGGUUGCCUCGUUGGCUGCAUGGAUCGGUUUGAACCUCUUCCGCCUUUUUUGUAAGCUUGUUGGGCUUUAUUUAUAAAGUCGGGCAAUCUGACUUUCCUCUAAAAAGUAUAGACAAAAGAAGAUGUUUUUACAUGAGUAUAGUUCGCGGGAACAGCUUUAUCUACUACCACUAUAAAAGGAAGAGAGGGGCAGAUCCAAAUAAUCAGAACCAUCCAUUGGCAAGAUCUAAUGGCCCUUAAUCCUUCUGUGUUUAACGCUCCAAACCACGCAUUAAGCUAUCGCUAACCCAGCCCACGCCGCCGUUUAAAAACAAAAACAAAACCGCCCGCACGACCUAUCGCCCACUCUCGCCCACUCCUUCUCCCGCACCCUUCGCCGCCCCGCCCCGCGUCCUUCGCCGCCCACCCCCCCGCGCCCUUCGCCGCCCGCUGCUGGAGCCGCCGGGGUUAGAGCCGGAGCCACCCCCGCCCGCAGGGGGCGCGUCGGAGCUGCCCCACAGCUGGAGCCGCCGCAGGUCGCGUCGGAGCCGGCCCGCCGCUGGAGCCACCGCUGGAACCGCCGCAGGUCACAUCGGAGCCGCCCCGCCGCUGGAACCGCCGCAGGUCGCGCUGGAGCCGCCCGCCGCGAGCCGCUGGUCUCCGUUGGCCUUUUCCACACCUCCACGAGCAAGCGACCCACGCGCACACCACUCUCCGCUGCACCAGUGAGGAAGUGAUGGUGCACGAGGACGAGCUUCCCGGACAAGAAGAUCUCCGUACUCUUCUCGGUGAUGCAAAGUUGAGGUUUGGAUUUUGGCAUCCGAUCUAUUGCUUUGUCGGACGAAACUUAACUGUUUGUUUUUAUUAUAGCUUAGAUCAGUCUAUUUUAAUCUUUUAUGCUUAUCUUUCAUUCAAGGCUUCAAACCGCACUCGAUUGCAAAACAAAAUUCAGACAACCGAUUGCUGAAUCCUAGACUUUCUCAUAGUUAUAACUAAUAAGACCUGCAACCAUCGAAUCUUUUGGUUGCACUCUCAGCUGAUAUAUGAGAUCGAUCAUCUCAUCCUACCUGUUCGGAAUUGCGGAUUCCGAAGUUCCUUUUUUGAUUCUGUUGAUUGUAAUGUUAAAUAUGGCUCCUAAUUGGAUACAUACUUGUCUAAACGAUUGGUGCAGCUGCAGAUCAUCUAUAUUGAUUCUGGAGACCGAUUCUUGGUGCUGCUGCAGAUCGUCUACAUUGAUUCUGGACGUCGAUUCUUCAUUUACCCUUCUCAUUACCAUUUGCUAACUUAAUCACCUCUCUCUCAUGUUGGUUCUGAAGAUCUUUUAUGUGUCAUGUCGACAAAGGCGUUUGAUAAGAGAUCCAAGCAGGCUGCAUGUGAGGUGAAUCAAGGUAAUAUGUAUGAUGUAGUCUAGGAGCCGCCCUUCGCCGUGGUCCGCAGGUCGCCGAGCCGCCGCCCCGGAGCCGCCCUUCGACGCGGCCCGCAGGUUCCCCAGCCGCCGCCCUGGAGCCACCCUUCGCCGCAGGUCGCCGCUGCCGGAGCCGCCCUUCGCCACAUGUCUCCUCCCUGCUGGCCGCCCUGCCCUCCACCGCUCUUAUCUUCAAGCCCAAGGCACACACGCGAUCCCCUCAGCUUCUGUCCUUUCUUCAACCCACCGAUUCGUUUUCUGCAUUAUGAAUUGUUCCCGUCUGAACAUCUACGCGAUCCAAUUACAAUAGAAGCAUAAAUCCCUAUAUAUAUGCAUAAGAGCAAAUCUUCCCCCAAACGGCAGAACAGAGGUCCCUCUUUCAAAUGACUGAAGAUUGGUUAUCCCAUAACCAGACGCAGAGGGAGAAAUUUAGUUCCAUAACCUCCAUAUAAAUACCAUCAUCCUUGUUCCCUCCUUCCCACUUCUGUUAAAUUGUUAGAAACCUAGACUCAUGGGUAAAGGAAUUAUUUGAUUCAGUGCUUUGUCAGAUCAAAAAUAGAAUCUAGCUAAGGAGCACAUGUCCUAUUUUGCAGGUGAUAUAUACUCGAAGGCAUGAAACUGGUAUUUAAUAAUACUCCAGGUGAGAUAUAUGCAGGUGUUAUGGAUUGUGGUUUCGAGGAAAACAAUUAUGGAACUCAAUAUGCAUCCGUUAAGUUUCUGAAGCUUGAUCGACAUCUUUUAUCAGUUGUUAAUUAGUACUAGGAUUCUUAUGCAUGUCUACUGCUGUUUAGGAAACUAAAGACAUGAUGGUUCCGUUUGGGACGAAAAAGAAAAGUAGCACCAGUUAAUUACUAAAUCCCCAGAGUUGCAGAGGAGUUCUACAUUAUUUCAUUAGUCCAUUUAGAGCAUGUCAAUUGGAUGUAUAAGUUAUUUAGGGGUAAAAUCAACUUCCCUCUGAAGUCUGCUGCUGGUCAUGCUCUUUUAUAUGAUGGUCUGAUCUGGUCACACUCUUUCGACAGUCGAUGCAUAUUUUCUUUUGGUGGCGGAGCUAGAUGGGGAGGCAAAGGGAAAAUACAUCAAUUCUUGAGCGGUCCAAAAACUAUAAUUUGUUUUAUUAAGCACCCCCAAGAGUUCUUUAUUCACACAUUUUUUCAAGGUUGGGGGUUUAAUGGCAGGAGAUCAAGCACUCCGUCCUCUGCCAGGUCGCCGCCGCUGCCCGGGACGUGGACGCGCACGUGGGUCCGUCAGUCGCUGGCAAACAAGGUCGAGUCCGUGCAGAGCACUGGUCUCCUCCCUAUCGUCGUCGUCCUCCCUGCUGCCAGCGACGCCCUCCUGUCUCCUCUGCACCAGUCUACUCCUUCAUAUUAUUUACAAAAGAAAAUGGUUUGGGGUGAAGAGUUGAAGGCUUGAAGCCAAAUGUUCCUAAUCAAGAAGAUGACCCGCACAACUCCCCUGAAACAAGGCCAACACUAUGUGCCAAGAUUGAAGAUCCCAAAUAUGUUUACUUUGGUCCAAUAUCGUAUAGCAGUGUAAUGCUUCAGGCACUUUUUAUCAUUCAUUUUUAUUAUUCAAAUCUCUAUAUGGUUGCCAUAGAUGCUACUAUUACAUGGAUUUAUUACUAUUUUUCAUGUGUUGUUGAAAAUAGAACUCACUCAUUUAUUUGUCUACGUAGGGAGUAGUAUACAGUAAGCUUCAUUUCACUGAGGAGAUCUUCCAUUACCUAAAGUUAUUAAUUUCAAUAUGAAUUCAGAAUUCAGUACCCA